UGGUCCAUAAAUACCCGCCCAUACUGGCACACAAUACACACACUUAAAACACAAAGCAGUCUCUUUUCUCCGUCCAAACCUACUGCUGUCCUCCAGAAGCUGAAGCGAAGCGCGUGCAUGUCAAGCCAAAGAGGAAUUUAAUGCAUUCCCGCAUUCGUUGUAUUGUCGCGCACACUACGCAUUGAUGGAUCAGUUACAUUACAUAGACGUCGUCGGGCGGUUUUGAGAGGCAUCGGCCGAGGUGUUCGAGAUGCACCGUGGCUAUUGCGAAGCGCUGAUCUAUAGUGGUACUGUCCGGGUUUUAUCAUGGUUUGCAGAUGGUCAGCUCGGAAAAUGCGGUGGCUGGGAUGUUAUCGACUGGGGCCCUUGUGGAAAGCACUCCUGGUAUUUGUUGCCAUUGCAUUUGCAGGGCAGCUCCUGGGAGUCAUCUUCAAUAAGAGCUGGAUGCAGCCAGAGAGGCCUCAUUCCUUCUUUGCUCUUCCCUCUGAGAAUUCCCAAGGGCUCUCUCUGGGAUCUUGUCAGCCCCACACCCACAUCAUGUUCCUAAAGACUCACAAGACAGCCAGCAGCACCAUUCUCAAUCUGCUCUAUCGCUUUGGAGAGGAACGGGGCCUUAAAUUUGCCCUUCCUGUGGGGUACCAAUUCGGCUACCCACUUCCCUUUAUCGCCCUGAGGGUGAAGGGGUACAGAGGUCCUCACGUAAUGGAAUUUGACAUCAUGGGAAACCAUAUGCGGUUCAACAAACCAGAGGUUGAGAAGGUCAUGCCAGCGGACACCUUCUAUUUCUCUAUCCUUCGAGAUCCUGUGGCGUUAGCUGAAUCCUCCUACGCCUACUACAAAAAUGUUGCCCCUGCUUUCAGGCAUGCCAAGGGGCUGGGUGAUUUUGCAGACAACCCCCGUAAGUACUAUGAUCCCAGACUCCGAAACAACCAUUAUGCCCGCAACUUGCUGUGGUUUGACUUUGGUUUGGAUCAUAACGCCAACUACAGCUCAACACUGGUCAAGCAUGGUGUGGCAGCAGUACGUCGGAACUUCAAGCUCAUCCUUCUGUCUGAGUAUUUUGACCAGUCUAUGGUGCUGCUCCGCCAUGCUCUCUGCUGGCCACUAGAUGCUGUGGUUUCUUUUAGCCUAAACGCCAGACAGCAAGUGCCCAGUGGAAGGUCAGGGUGGGUGGGUAAGGCUGCACCUCCAGCCCCUUUGGCCUUAACAGACAAGCAAAGACUGAAAUUACGGGAGUGGAACUCCUUAGAUUGGCACCUCUACCAAGCAUUCAAUCUCACGUUCUGGCAGGAAGUAGAGCGCUUUGGGCGAAGUCGAAUGGAGGCAGAGGUAGCCAUGCUCAGGUUGAGACGAGAGGUUCUCGCUCGCGUCUGCUUACGUGAUGGCGGCCGACCUAUAGAGGCCAGUCGCAUCCGGGACAAGACCAUCCGUCCCUUCCAGAGUGGACUAGUGAAGAUCUUAGGUUACGAACUGCAGCCUGGACUGGACAAUGCAACAUGGGGAGCUUGCCUGCGUAUGAUCAGGCCUGAGAUUCAGUACAAAGACUUACUAGAUCUUUGGCAGUUUCCUCGAGCCCAGAAACCCCCAGGAGCAGACACUAUUCCUGGAGGACUCCCAGUAAGAAGGGAGCCCUCAGUAUUUAGGACUGAAGACCAAGAAGGGAAGAGGUUGGUUGAGAAAGACUGGGAUGGGACAGUGCUGCUUCGGAAUCAAUCAUUAAAGCAGGUUGAAUCAAGAGUAAGGUUUUGAUAGUGAGCUCGUAGCACCUUUUUGCCUCAAGGUCAGGAGGAGUUCUGACCCAUAUUUGGCUAUACAGGGCCACUGUGCUGCACUACUAGAGGUGAAGGGAUAUCCAAGACUUACAACACACUGCUUUGCCAUUGGCUCUUCCACAUUUUGCCCUUCUCCACUCUAUUUUAUACAAUACGAAGUUUUAUGGUGAAGAAAAGGUAUAUCAGUACAACAAGGUGACUGAAGUGAUUAUGGUGCAGACAUACAUAAGUUGAUAUUGGGUGAAAGUAAGAAAAUGUGACAUUCUGCUGCUACUCUGUCCAUGGUGAACCAUGACCAUGAUGUAUGGUACAAAAACAACUAAGUGGUUCUAUGAAUUGUAUCAAAAAUCCUGUUAAAACCCCACUUUCUCUCUUGCACACAGUACCCUUUGUACUUAAACACACACAUUGGUGUCCGCUUUGGAAUCUAAGGAAAUAACUGUUUGAUCAAAGGAAUAACAUACAAGUAUGUUCAUUUACUGCAUGAAAAAUGUCACACAAGUAGAUCCUUCACUGUCUGGCACACAACACUAAGGAGGAUUCAAACAGUGGUACUGUUCAUAUUGGCCAUGAUUUUAUUUAAUAUUAAUUUAUAUGCGUAAAUGUUUAACAGGAAUUAAUAGUGUGUAGAUUACACUAGGAAGAGGAAUACACUACACUUGGCUUUUUCUGCUGCACAUUCAGUUUCGGAAACUGGGAACUGGUAGAAGUCAUGAGAGCAGGCCUGCCAUAGUCAGGUAGUCUGUGACGCUAUAAGACAAGCUAGAACGACUCUUCACAUGGGUCCGUGAGAAAGACAUCUCCAGUUUUUAACACUGUGAAACAAUGUAUACCAUUCAUGAAAGACAAAAUGGGCUGUAGAUUUGAAUCUACCAACCUCACUGAUUGGGCAAUACACUUCCUAUUAUAUUAUAUUCGCUGGAGAGUUUCAAUGUUUAAAAAAAAUAAACAUUUCACAAUUUGCUGAUUCAUAUAGUGUUGGAGCACAUUAAGGUAAAGAUAUUUGGAGUGCUGUCCAUAGCGGAGGGGCUCGAGCACAGGACUGGGCUUGAGCUUUUGAAAUUAUUUUAAUUAUUAAAAUAAUUGGUAUAGCCAUUAUAAAAUAUAAAGGAGGAGAUGGAGAGGUGGAGGGAUGCCAGAAGAAUUUUUGUCGAUGAGAGGGAAGGCCUAAAUGAACAAGCUCUUCACGAACUUACGUUUAGAGCUUCAUUUAGACAAAAUUUAAAUAGAUGGCGAAUGUUCACUGGCAUGGUGAAUGCUGUCAUGUCAGUGGCCUGCUGUAUACACUUUAAUGUGUCAAACAGAAAACUCAACCUUAAAUUCCAAAAGAUUUAAAUGAUUAUUUUGCCUUACAAUUAGUACCUUGCUGUGUUUAUUAUGCUUUCGUAUUAAUUUGUCUGUAUACCUUUGGCAUUUAUACUCUCAAACUAAAAUGUUUUUCUUAUUGUGAGAGCUGAGAAAAAGCUGUACAGAAAUGUGACUGGAAUGCACUGUGCAAAUAGCCCCUUGUAUGAGCUUUUUGUGUGCAAAUUUCAAUGCACAGAGCAAGACGACAUCUUACAUUGCUUAAUUUAUUUGCUUUGGUCUAAUUUAAACAUUACUGAGAUUAAAAAAUCAAAUAAUAAAAGAACACGGUAGGUAUGCUCAUUGUUAUGCGCUUAUUCGUGCGCAUCCUUUAUUGUGUAGUUCAGAUUUAUAUGCAUGGUGAUGUAUAGCAAACAUUCAUUUGUGUAGUUGACAGACAACUUAAUAUUUUGACAUGCAUAGUAAUAUCCCAUGAUUAUAUUAUUGCCAGUUGAUUAACCUGGAAA